AUGAUUUUAAGCCACUGGAUCUAUUUGUAUCAGUAUUGCGCUCCAUUUUGGUAUGGUCAUCAUGUGUAUACUCAAGUUCAAAGGCAAGCUGAAAAAAAUGCACGAAAUAUAAGGGAACAAGUGAAAAAAGCGAUGGAAACAGAAAUAGAACAGAUUCGAGCAUUGAUUUCUGAUGCUAUUAUAUAUAGGCGAGCUUCAAAUGAUAUUCUUUCUCCCAUUGAAUCUAUUGAUGAUACUCCUCAGUUAAAAUCAACAACAAGGCGACGGAAAUUGACAAAAGAGGAUAGCGAGAAGGCGAUAAAUCGCCACUUAAAGGCAUUAGAAAAGUUAAAAAAAGAUAAUGAAGCAAGAAAGAAAAAGCGGGAAAGUUUACUUCGAAGAAAAAAAGAAGCGGUUAAGGAAGCAAAUAUUCGAUCAAAACAUUUAUGA